AUGUCCGAGAUGGACUACAAUCGCGUGAAAAUAGACUGGAAACCCUACUACCCUCAACACCAGCAUGCGCUGUCCGCGAAUAAUGUCCCGACGUAUGCAGGCCGAUCCGUGCCCUCGUACCAUGUAGGAAGUGAAGAGAACACGUACCGUGGGUGUAAUAUUUCCUCUCCGCGAUACUCCCCAUCAAUUCAGCCAUGGCGGAAGCAGCAAACGCAAAGCUCUCUGUCGUUCGUUCCAUCGACCUCGCCCCGCAUGGAUCAGGUCGAGUAUACCACCGCGCAGCCAAAGCGGCCCGUAGACCGGGCCCCGGUCUGCAUCUCGCCCUUCCGCUCCGUGCGGAGGAUGAAACAACCGUUCCAGCUACGUCUGCCGAGCUCCCCAUCAAUGGAAAGCCUGCAGGCGACCCCCAAGGAACGCCAGGCGUCUCGCUCCCCGUCAUCGAAGAAUCACACUCUGCGUACCUGGCGCUCAGACCAGAACCUCACAACCUCGAGUAUGGAGACGUUUGGCCUCCUUCCCAGUCCGCCUCUCUCCGAUGCGAUUCCCCCACACUCCCCGUCGUCCGCUUACUUUUCGCCUCAACCUGGCUCUGAAUCCGACUACAGCCAGUGUACGCCCAAAAGCUGCAACCAUGAGCUUACUAUCAAGCCGUGUGAGGUGGCGAAACCGUUCACACCUGAACCCGAGACGGAGGCCCCCAAGACGACGGGAUCGACAAAUGUCCACAUGGCUCACUCUCAUUUGGUUCAACAGUGUGAAUCCGGCGACGGUAAUGUACCCCGGACAUCCACCGACACGGAGCGUAUGUCGUCACCCGCGGGAUUUACCAGUAGUGGAUCUUUUGGGAAACGUGAUUUAUCUUGGUCGUCGGAAGCUACCCAAAGAAGUCGUUCGGGAACAGUUUCGAGCGAAGGGAGCUGGGUCCCGAGCAAUCUGUCGCACUUUGAAACCUGGCUUCAGCGGGCUCCCGUGGAGAUGACGGUGGCCAGAGGCGAAGGACCCAAGGACUGCAACCGAAGAAAGUUCCAAAUCGUACAACAAAGCCCUCCACCCCUGGGACCGAAGAGCACUUCGGUGAUACCGGCUGAGCGAAAAGUGCCAGAUGGGCCGAGACUGCCAGAUGAACCGAACGUACCUGACGAGCCUGUGAUCUUUGCUCGAAAAACAAAGCCCAAGCUGGUUGACAUCUCUCGACAAUCUUCUCCACCGACGAGCUAUCCAAUACCGGCCCCGCCAACCCGUACAAUACCGUCGACACCCGAUCAACGUCAGCGGGAGGUGUCUGCCUUCAGUCCUGACACGCCCUUGGAGAUGUCCGAUAGUGGCUAUAAUACCCAAGCUUCCUGCUAUUCUUUGGAUGAAUACCGAGACGACAAGGAAGACGAUGACUACACCGACGCAAGCUCGCUAGCCUCGGACAGUGCCAGUGCGACGGUUGUCUGCGAGAAGCCCCCGGAACCCCAAGAACAACCUAGAUCACCACCCAUCCCAGGCAUACCGCCCCGGACUCAACCAUUACCCAAAGCCCAGGCAUCGCCGCGGCGCGAGUCCCACCUCUCGGAGAAGGAAGAGCUGGGGAAAUGGUGGGACCACGAAUGGACGAUAGAUCAGCUGGAGCACUCGGUGAAAGACUUUCCACGGAACAUGCUAAGACUGACCUCGCCCGUCGUCAUGUUCAUCCGACACAACAACGAAAAGGCCCUGAUCCGGCCGUUCCGAGAUAUAUUCCCUGACGUUGCGGAGAACCUCCUCGACGGUCUCUGUGCUUCACUCAUUGCACGAAACCAUGUUGUUUCGCUCGCCUCAGGGAACAAAAGGAGCGAUUUCUCCCAGCGACCAAACCUGCCUCGCUUGGAUACCGUCCCCGAACGGAUUCCACCCUCGACGACCAUGCAAUUCAGUCAGCCCGUGCCGUCGCGCAUCAAAGAUAGGGUUCUCGGUUCACGCGGCACGGAGCUCCGUAAAGAGCUGGAUCGUAUCAUCGACAAUCUUCUAUUUGCCAUUACGGGGCGAGAGCAGGAUGAGACAUUGAAAGCUUCCGUUCUCGCUCUUGCUCAGGUUCUGGAAAGCAAAGUAUAG